CUGGGUUCCUCAGAGCUGUCAGCGGGCUGCUGCUGCUCGGACUCCGCUGCUGCUGGCUCCACAUGUUGUUUGUCAGCAGUUUGGUGAGGACGAAGUCGAGGUCCGGCAGGAAGGUACAGAGACAAAGAGUACAGGUGGGGGCGGAGGUGAUCCGAGCGGUUACCGUCAGCCGCCAGAUGCGCACAGAAAUCCAGUCGACGAAGAAGACCGUUUGGAAAUAUGCAUGGCUUCAUGGAAUGAGAAUUGUGUCAAAGGUGAUGUGAUCCUGCCAGCAGCGAGUGAAGUUACAAAGUUCAAUCUGCACACUAAAAAGAAGUGCGACAUCUCGCAGUGUUUGAUCGACAGACUCGAUGGCUCAGCUCAGUGUUGUUUCGGGGUCCGUCGGCCUGAUUACUCUCCAGAACCCGCCUGUAAACGCACUGAGUGCAGCGGUGAGGCAGGGCAUCAUUGACACAGUCGAGACAGCACUCCGUGAUCCAAAGGUCAAGUGUGCGGUCAUCUGUGGCCAGAAUGGAGUUUUCUGUGGAGGGGCAGAUAUCAAGGAGUUUGGGACAAAGAUCACGGGGCCUCAUCUGAUACCGAUGAUCCACGCCAUCGAAGCUGGGAACAAGCCAGUGGUGGCGGCCAUAGAGGGGAGCGCUUUAGGCGGAGGCCUCGAGUUGGCGCUUGGCUGUCAUUAUCGAGUCGCACACUCUAAAGCCAGACUGGGGCUUCCAGAGGUGACUCUCGGUCUUCUGCCAGCGGCAGCAGGAAGCCAACGUCUGCCAAGGCUCAUCGGGGUCCCAGCUGCCUUGAACCUCAUCACCACAGGCCGCCAUGUGACUGCUGCCGAGGCACUUCAACUUGGAAUAGUGGAUCAGGUUACUGAUCACGACACCGUGGACGUAGCUGUGAAGUUUGCCCUGAGUGUUGCAGGUCAGUCACUGGAUGCCCGUCGUAUCAGCACUUUCCCGUGCCCGCGCCCGGCUGAAAUGGACGCUCUGUUCGAGGAUGCGAUGCAGAAGGUGCGUAAGAGCGCCCGUGGAGCUAUAGCACCAGUUGCAUGUGUCCAGGCAGUGCGGGCGGCUGCCACCCUGCCUUACGCUGAAGGGCUGGAGCGGGAAAGAGAGCUCAUGGCCACUCUCUUCACCUCCGGCCAGGCCCGAGCGCUGCAGUAUUGCUUCUUUGCACAGAGAGCCGUUGGCAGGUGGAGUACGCCCAGCGGCGCCCGCUGGGACACAAGCAAGCCUGUGCCUGUGCGUAAGGCAGCUGUCAUUGGUCUCGGCACCAUGGGGAGAGGCAUUGCGGUGGCCCUGGCUCAGACGGGGUUGUCUGUGGUUGCUGUUGAGACUGAGGAGAAACAGAUGAUGGAGGCAAAGCAGGCGGUGUCCGGCAUGUUGGAGCGAGGGGCUAAGAGACGCGGCGCGGCUCCUGUGUCUGACAGGAUCAUUUACAGCGGGAACAUCCGGGCUGUGGCAGACGUCGACCUGGUCAUCGAGGCUGUUUUUGAGGACAUGGCCCUGAAGGAGAAACUCUUCCAGCAGCUGUCUGCUGUCUGUAAACCAGGUGCGCUCCUGUGCACCAAUACCUCUGCACUCGAUGUAGACCACCUGGCCUCUCAAACCCGCAACCCGGAGUUGGUGGUCGGGAUGCACUUCUUUGCCCCUGCCCAUGUCAUGAAGCUGCUGGAGGUGGUGUACGGGCGGCGCUCCUCUCCUCAGGCCGUGGCCACCGCCAUGCAGCUGGGGAAGAAAAUGGGCAAGGUGAGCGUGGCUGUGGGGAACUGCCGCGGCUUUGUCGGGAACCGCAUGCUGAAGCCUUACAUUGAGCAAGCUUUCUACCUGUUGGAGGAGGGAGCUACACCCGAGCUGGUAGAUCAAGUGCUGGAGGAGUUUGGUUUCAGCAUGGGUGUGUUCAGGAUGUCUGACCUCUCUGGGCUUGACGUGGGCUGGAGAGUCAGGAAGGGAGACGGGCUGGUGGAGACCGGUUUGGCAUCAGGGCCAUCAGCUAGAGUCCGACAAGGCCGCAGGUACAGCCCACUGGGAGACCUGCUGUGUGAGCAGGGGCGGUUUGGCCAGAAAACGGGCCGGGGAUGGUACCAGUAUGAGAAACCUGGUGGUCGGGUUGCCAGGUCUGAUCCAUGGCUGCACAGCUUUCUUGAGGGAUACCGAGCCCGGCACGGCCUGGUGGCCCGACGCAUAGACCACGAGGAGGUGCUGGAGCGCUGCCUCUAUGCCCUGAUCAACGAGGGCUUCCACAUCCUGGAGGAAGGAAUAGCUGCCGCACCCGAAGACAUCGAUAUCAUCUAUGUGUUUGGCUACGGCUGGCCCAGGCACCGUGGAGGUCCCAUGUUCUACGCUAGCAUGGUGGGUCUGGCGAGGGUCCUGGAGAGGCUGGAGCACUACCACCAGGCUCACCCUGAUGUGCCCCACCUGCAGCCCUGCAGCCUCCUCAGGAGGCUGGUGGCCAGCGGCAGCCCGCCCAUCCACAAGUGGAGAGAAGUCAUCAAGAAACUCCACAGCCAGCUUUAAAUCUCAAACAGUCCAGCUUUAAUCUCUAUCUUAGUUCCAGGGAGAUGUCAAGGGUCUUAUUUUAAAAAGUGCACUAGGUAGUUCCAACCUUUUUAUUUGUUUACACGCUGACAUAAUUGUCUGAUAUAUUUCUAUGUAAAUGAGCCGUCCUGGAGGGGAGUAAGGUCCCCAAAACAUAGUUGAAAGCUAAUAAGGUCGUUACUUAGAAUGGUCAUUCAUCAGGCUUGUUUGGCUCUUUAUUAAUCACAUGAAUGACAUUUUUCUAUUGUAUAUAAAAUUUAUAAAGAUCUAAUCUACAUUUAUCAUCUGCUGCCUCAAUAAAGACCUGUUCCACACACGUAA